AUGGCUGCUUUGCCUGUACCCUGCCCAGUGCGAUUAGGCAUUGUGAAGAAUGGAGGUUUACCUGCUCAGCUGCACAGGUACACUAUGGAAAAUAAUCUGCACAAGAUGGAGAAGCUGCUCAAGAAAGGUAAAACAAAACAAUAACACAAGUAAUGCAUGAUGAUGAGUAAGCAUUCUCCAUCCCUACCUACUAGUACCUACCCAGUGAGCUUGGCAGUUAUGAAUAAAUGGUUUCCUAAUUAAGUUUAUCAUUCAUCAAUUGUUCUGAUGCUGUGCUAUAAGUGUGGAUGUGGACUGUGUCAAUCACUUGGGAUAGAUACCUCUGUUCUGUGCCUCUUGCCUGGGUCUGGCAGGUGUCACUGAGCUGCUACUGCAAUAUGGAGUGGACCCUAACCAGUAAGACUGACAAGUCAUUCACACACUGCACAUGAAUACUCUCUCAUGUCUCCUCUCUUUUAGACAUAAAAUAAAUACUUCAAAGUUGUGUAGUAGAAAUUAUAAUAUGCUAAUAAGCGUUUUAGUACAGCACGUUUUAUGUGUUUUGCAUGGCACCAUACUCUUAAGUGACCUUUUUCCUGUGUAGUCGCUGUGAAAACAGGAGCACCCUCGUCCACACUGCCGUUUUCUCCUGUAACACCUGGCCUGCUGGACGCAGGGGAGGACCUGAGGCUCCACGACCACAAAGGCAGGAGCCCCCGAGACUGGGCCGAGGCUGGGGCUCAGGAGCACAGCGCCAGGGUUAGUGGUCACAGAGUCAGGGUACAUUUAUCAUGGAGAAAUGAUCAGAUACAUGCUGUAUGCACUACUAAACUCUCUCUCUCUCUGUCAUUCAGAUGCUUGAGUUCCUGAAGGACUGUGUGUCCCACAUGCACAGCCUGUCUCAGACCCCCCAGCCAAGGGAGCUGCGCCGGACCCUCUCCUCCACCCUGUUGCACUCCCCCGCACUCUACUAGAGCUCCUUAUGUCCGGGUGAGCAGCCAGGAGAGAAUCCUACAUUGAUACACCCCUUUUUUAGGGUUUGUUUUCUGAAGUCAACUUUUCCCCAUUUCUCCCAUGUUGCAGUGGCUCUGACCUGCACCUCAACAGAAAGAUGACCAAGUCUUUGACACAGUUCAAUAUUUUAGCUUCGGAAAGGAACAUACCGGUACAAACAUGGAUUCACGCUGGCUCAAGAUCAAACUUUUGCCUAAAUCAGUGAUGUCGAUUUAAGACCAAAAAAGUAGCAUCGUGCCCACAUGUCAUAUUAGGAUUUGUCCCUAUAUCAUCAUCAUGAGACUGUCAUAUAUCGGAUAGUGUUUGAGUUUAUUUGGAUAAACGCGUCUGCUAAAUUGCAUAUAGCGUGGUAAUGUUUUGGAAUGGCAGUAUUGUGUAUCUGGAUGAGAGUCAGUGACUGUGUGUUUUCUUGCUGGGCCCAGUUGUCUAUAGAUAAGCCGGGGCAUGCGUUGGGCCUUCUGGCCUCCCAGCCUGUGAUUAGGGAGAGUGAGUUAGGGCAGGUGGACAACAAACCCCUCUCCUUCACCUGUGGCUCCUUUAUUACCAUGACCAAGAAAGACCACUGGAACCACGUCUUAUAAUUUAUAACUCAUAUGGGAUUGCAUCAAUUAAGAAGCUACAGUCUUUGAUUUUGUCCACUAAGCUGGUUGUUCCAUCUGUCAGUUACAGCUGGAAGGGCUGCAUGGUCACUUUAAAGGAGCUGCAGUCCCUCUCCGCAGCCAAGAGGCCUACCUGGUAGAGCUUUGCUACCCGACCAAAGCCCAAUGGGCCUUGACAUACAUCGGGUUAGGGCCAGGUAGGGCCUGUUUUUUUUCAUAAAUAACUAGAGUACAGGCAGGGCUCAGGUAUCACUAAAUUGAUCACUAACAUUUUGAAGCUGAGCCAUUUGCUUGUGUUCUGCUGCUCAGUACAGUCAUAUCUGACUAAGAUCAUAACAUGGUGUCAGAAGUGCUUCAACCUCAUCAAAUAUAAGACAGGAGCAAUUAUUUAACAGAAAAUAAUCAUGUUCCUUGAGUUUUGUCGGAGCAGCCCAAGCGGAGCCGUUGCUAUGGAGACUCACAGACUCAGCGCCGCCAUGAGCAGAGCGCAUGCAGAGCGAGCUGUACGAAGGGAGCGAGUGACAGACCGAGAGGAGCAGCUAAUAGAUUUACUAACGGAGGAAGUUAUUUCUGAUUUCGGGUUUUGGGCAGGGCCGGGCCUUAAAUUUGGCAAACGCAAUCGGGCCUGGGUAGGGUAGUGCCUGAACAUCACGGGCAUGGGUAGGGCUCAGGCUUAAAAUUCAUGCCUGUGCAGGGCUUUACUACCGGUAUCUGCUGCUCAUUGAGCUGGAGUUCUCCAGGUGAGAAGACGACAACAAAAUCAGUUUGAACUGUUUUAAACCCCUUAAAGAAAAAACGAAUUAACUGUUGCGUUGAGUUUUCUCUAGUGUUCCUCCAAAUGAUAGUCUUUUACCUAAAUCACACCUGUCACUUCAGUGCUAUUGAUGCUGUCGUCUAGGGAUAUAGGGCCUAACCCAGUAACUGCAGUGUGACUGUCUGUUUGUAGCCAGCUGUUACAUCCCCACCUGCUUCAGCUGAUGGUAGUGGGCAUCUCCAGUGACCUGCUAAGGGUCUGCCUGUUGUUUGAGAGGAUCCACAUGAGCUCCCUGCACAACUUGCUGCACCAGAGGGUAAUCCCCACCAGUCACACAGGCGCACAUACACACACACACACUUUCAACAUUUAUCUGUGUUUUGUACUUAAAUAUUUGGAUGAAUUAAAUGCAUGUGUAUUUGUGCUCCUCUGCACCAGCGUGCUGAGUUCCCAGUGGUGCGUGCUGAGACCAUGCUAUUGGUGGUCCUGCAAGUGUGUGAGGCUCUGCUCUACCUGCAUGGCCGGGCCCUGGUGCCCGAGAGCGCUCUCCUCAUACAGCGUCCUCCUCACACACCCCGGCAAGGCCAAACUCUCCGGCCUCGACUUCAUGGUGCCAAGGUAGGGAGAAGGACCAAACAACACACAUGCUGCCCAAAACUUGCUCUAGUAGGUAUUUUCUCCUAUUUUUUCCCUCUACUUUGUUUUUCAGUUGUAG